CCGGUUGCGCUCUCAGUUGGGAUUCAUGUUUCACCUCCUCUUUCUCGCUGCCUCCAGCUGCUGAACUGUGUAUACUGCAGCCAAACUACAGCUUAGUCGUCCUUCUUUCAGGCUGUUAGUAAUUCAACACAGCGCAGCAGAAAAUGACUUCUCUGUCGAGAAACUAAGAUCAUUUUUGUCCAGAACUGUGUGUACCCGCCCUAGAAGAAGUGAGACCUUCACUUGUCAGCAUGAGAAGUAGGAGCAACUCUGGCGUUAAAUUGGACAACUAUGCCCGGAUAGUGCAGGAAACUAUCCUGCAGCACCAAGAUCCGGUGACGGGUCUCCUGCCAGGCAGCACCGACCAGCCGGACGCCUGGGUCAGAGACAAUGUGUACAGCAUUGCGUCCGUGUGGGCCCUCAGCCUGGCCUACAGGAAGAACGCAGACAGAGACGAAGACAAGGCCAAGGCCUAUGAGCUGGAACAGAGCGUGGUGAAGCUGAUGAGAGGCGUUCUACAGUGUAUAAUGAGGCAGCUGGACAAAGUGGAGAAGUUUAAAUACAGCCGGAGCACCAAAGACUCGCUCCACGCCAAGUACAACACCAGGACCUGCGCCACCGUCGUCGGCGACGACCAGUGGGGCCACCUGCAGGUGGACGCCACCUCUCUGUUCCUGCUCUUCCUCGCUCAGAUGACUGCGUCGGGCCUCCAUAUUGUCUACACUCAAGACGAAGUGGAUGUCGUUCAGAAUCUCAUGUUCUACAUCGAGGCAGCUUACAAAGUGGCUGAUUAUGGGAUGUGGGAGAGAGGAGACAAAACCAACCAGGGCAUCACAGAGAUCAAUGCCAGCUCCAUAGGCACGGCUAAGGCAGCUUUGGAGGCUCUGGAUAAACUUAACUUGUUUGGAGCAAAAGGAGGGCCUGGAUCUGUGGUCCAUGCUCUGGCCGAUGACAUACAGCACUGUCAGUCUAUUCUGACGUCAAUGUUACCCAGAGCGUCCAUCUCUAAAGAAAUAGACGCCGGAGUCCUGGCCAUCAUCACCUACCCCGCCUUCGCAGUGGAGGACAUGAGCAUAGUGAACAUGACGAAGGAGGAGAUCAUCUCUAAACUGCAGGGUCGAUACGGCUGCUGCAGGUUUCUCAGAGACGGCCACAGAACUCCCCGAGAGGAUCCAAACCGGCUGUAUUACGAGUCCGCUGAGCUGAAGCUGUUUGAAAACAUAGAGUGCGAGUGGCCUCUGUUUUGGACGUACCUUAUACUCGACGGCAUUUUUAGCAACAGUCCUGAGCAGGUGCUGGAGUACCAAGAGGCGCUGGAGGCGAUCCUGAUCAAACAGAAAGAUGGGAUCCGGCUGCUGCCAGAACUCUACAGUGUCCCUCCAGAUAAGGUGGAAGAGGAGUACAUGAACCCUCACUCAGUAGAAAGGAUCCCAAUGGGGAAGUGUCCUCUAAAAUGGGGUCAAUCGUUGUACAUCCUUGGAAAACUCCUCUCUGAGGGUUUUCUCGCCCCCGGAGAGAUUGAUCCCCUCAACAGAAGGUUCUCCACAAUCCCUAAGCCUGAUGUAGUUGUACAGGUGUCCAUUUUGGCUGAGACGGAUGAGAUUAAGGGGCUGCUGAUGAAGAACGGUAUAGACGUGGAGACCGUGGCGGAUAUCCAUCCCAUCCAUGUUCAGCCCUCCAGAGUCCUGAGCCACAUCUAUGCCAGACUCGGCCGUAACCCAAGGCUCGGCCUGACAGGGAGACCCUACAGAAGAAUAGGAGUCCUGGGAACCUCCAAGUUCUACAUCAUUAGAAACACAAUCUUUGCUUUCACUCCUCAGUUUAUCGACCACCAGCAGUUCUACUUGGCUCUGGACAACAAGAUGAUCGUGGAGAUGCUGAGGAACGAGAUUGCCUACCUCGCGUCCAGAUGGAGGAUUACCGGACGACCGACGGUCACCUUCCCCAUCUCACAGACCAUGCUGACUGAAGACCGCACUGACCUGGACCCUGCAGUCAUAGCUACGCUAAAGAAGCUACAGGACGGAUAUUACGGAGGAGCAAGGACCCAGACGGGAAAGCUGUCAGAGUUCCUGACUACUUCCUGCUGCGCUCACCUCAGCUUCCUCGACGGUAAGGGUUCCGGCAGCAUGGGCCGGCACGGCGACCAGUAUGAUGAUGAUGAUGAUGGUGAUGAUGAUGACGGCGAUGGAAACGUGCAUGAGUUACGUUGUGAUGAUGAAGCGGACGACCUCGCCCAGUAUCUGGACCACCUGUUGGCUCACUCUUCCCCCAAAAAGUCUAAGCGUCAGGCAGGAGGCCUGGGCAGGUUCAAGGCGGUGGCCACCAAGACCAAAGAGAUGGUUUCUCUGAUGAACAAGGCUCAGGAUCUGAACGUACACAACGUCAACAUGUACCUACCGAGCAAGCUGUUUCAUUCCUGUCAGCCGUCACUCAACUUGAAUCUCCCAGACCCUUCUGAGCCGCAGGAAACACAGAGCUCUGCGGUGUCAGUCACAGUGGAGAGCGGCAUCCCCAGAGACGAAAGCGGAGCCGUUGACUAUGACGCUCUGGUGCAGCUGCUGAAGGACACGAAAAACCUCCAGGACCAGGCAGAUAUCCUUUACAUCCUCUUCAAAGACAAGGGUAUGGAGUGGGACACCCAGCUGCGAGGCAGAGGCUCCACAGUCGGAUCUCUACUGAGCGAGCUUUAUGAGAAGGCUGGUGACCUCAAACACUGGGGCCUCAUCAGGAUGAUCUCUGGGAUGCUGAAGAAGAAGGUGGAGGAGCUCGACUCGGCGUGCUCUGACUUGCUGGCGCACCAGAAGCACCUGACCGUGGGACUUCCUCCUGAGCCAAGAGAGAAGACCAUCACGGCUCCCAUCCCUCCGGACCAGCUGGCCGCUCUCAUCGACGAGGCCAGCGACAACAACAUCAGCUUGGCCAUCCUCACCCAGGAGAUCAUGGUGUACCUGGCGAUGAGCAUCAGGACUCAGCCGUCUCUGUUCAGCGAGAUGUUCCGGCUGCGAAUCGGCCUCAUUAUUCAGGUCAUGGCUGCCGAACUGGCUCAGUCGCUCAGCUGCUCAGGAGAGGAAGCCACAGAGAGCCUGAUGAGUCUCAGCCCGUCUGAGCUGAAGAAUCUGCUGCACCACAUCCUGAGUGGGAAAGAGUUCGGAGUGCAGCGCAGCGUAAGGGAGGCAGACGUCGGCGUCAGUCCUGCCAUCUCCAUCCAUCACCUAGGCAACAGCGGCACCACCAAGAGCGAGAGAGCCGGCAUCAGUAAACUGAAGAGCGACAUGAAGAUGCUGGAGCGCAGGUUGUCUAUGCUGGACCCCAGUAAGCUCGACCAGCCUGUGACGCCCACCGAGAAGGGUGUCCGAGCUCAGUCAGUGGACGUAGAAAACAUCGAAUCUGGGAGGUACAGACUGCCCUCUGUGGAGUCUAUUGACGUUCCGGACAGCUUCCCUGUUUCCAAGGACACCAGACAUGGCCAGUGGCUGCGCAGGAGGCGGCUGGACGGAGCGCUGAACAGGGUCCCCGUUGGCUUCUACCAGAAAGUGUGGAAGAUCCUGCAGAAGUGCCAUGGUCUCUCCAUAGAGGGAUUUGUCCUUCCAUCUUCAACCACCAGAGAGAUGACGCCUGGAGAGAUUAAGUUCUCCGUCCACGUGGAGACGGUGCUGAACCGUGUCCCCCAGCCCGAGUACCGACAGCUGCUGGUGGAGGCCAUCCUGGUCCUCACCAUGCUGGCCGACGUGGACAUCCCCAGCAUCGGCUCCAUCAUUCACGUGGAGAAGAUCGUCCACCAGGCCAACGACAUGUUCUACAAAGAUCAGAAGGACCUGGGAGCGGAAGAGCACAUCCUGGAGAAGGACCCGUUCACAGGAGUGUGCAAGCUGUUGUACGACAGCGCUCCCAGUGGCCGCUUUGGGAGCAUGACCUACCUCACUAAGGCUGUGGCGGUGUAUGUGCAGGACUUCCUGCCUAGCGGGGCGUGUGCGGUGCAGUGACGGUCUACCAGAAAAGGAUGUAGUGUGUUUUAUAGCACAGUAAUAAAGUAACAGAAUGGUGAGAUGCCAUAAGGUCAGAGUGUUAAAGCAGAGAGUGUGCUGCUGUUUUUGUUAGGCUGUAGAGUAAAAGCCAUGUUGCUAGCCAGUUGGCUUUUUUUUUUUUUACAAGUUAGCAUUUUUAAGGAAGUCCUCAGUGCUCAUAUCUUUAAUAACCUUCGCUUAAUCCUUUACUCAUACAGCAUGAUUGGACAGCAACAGAAAAUCAAAAUUUCUUCUCCUGAGUUGCUCAGGAUUGUAAUUUCCUCCAUACCAGCAGAUUACAUCAAUUAAAAUGUAAAAACUAAACCCACAAGCAGAUCCCAUCUAUCUGUUCCUCCAAAUGAGUUGAGGAAUAUUAGGGAUGUAAUGAAGCAAAAGCUCAGGGGAUUGCACACAAUUUAAGGUUUACAACAAAAGUUUACCUACGCUUUUGACUAUCAUGAAUAGAUUCACCAAACUGAACCUCACAGCCCUAUAAGAAACUCUAACAUAAAUCUAACUUGGACUUGCUAAUAUUGUUGGUGCCGAGUGUAGAGUGAUCAAUUCCAGUUUGACAAAAGUAUUCUAGAGUCUGAAUUAGAGGCAAGACUUAUUAGAUUUAACAAAUAUAUCCCUUAAACUUAGCACUGUGAUAUUAUUGUUAGCAUUUAGCCAAAGUUAGCAUUUAAUGGUUGGCAGCAUUUCCACAGUGCUUACAAAUUAAUCUUUUGCUUGACUUUACCACUCUGUCACCUGUUCCUUUUUCUACUACAGAUGAAUAAUUUAAAAUCAGCUAUGACGCCAUCGUUAGCAUUUAGCCAGAGUUAGCAUUCAGCGGUUAGGAUUAUUUCCACAAUGAUUACAAAUGACUCUUUUGGGUUGUUUUUUUUAUUUAUCACCCUGUCACUUUUUCUUUUUUGUUGAUGCUUUUUUUGCUACAGAAACACUGAAAAAGUUUUUACCAGAGUGUUUUCGACUACAAGUCUUUCUUUCUUUUUUUUUUCUUUAGUUGACUCUAAGUAACACAGGGCAGCUUAACUACUUCCUGUAUGACUUUGAAAAGUGAGUUUCAAACUUCUUUUAGUCAAAUGAAGUCUGACAUUUGUAAACCAAAUGGCCUUGGCUUUGAAGAGAAAUAUACUGUUUAAUAUCUGGAGGUCUUGUUAAUGUACUCUGCACCUGUUUGCUGACUUCUCAAACUCAGCUUUACAUCCGCCUGAGAUUUUCAAUUCGUGUAUCUUACCUUUUUUAUGAGCGAGAGCCACGAUUAUAAUCUGCAUUUGUUCUUAAAAAGAAAGAAAAAUGCAAACUAAUUUAUCGCCACUUUAGUAUUGGUCCUAUGCUUUUUUUCUUUCUUUUUUUUUUACAAUGCUGUCUGAAUUUUGCUUUUUUUGUUGAAUUUUGUGUGUUCCGAGCUAAGUGUCAAAGGUUCACGUCUUCAGCCCAUUUAUUUGGUGUUCUUUUUUUAUAUAGAAACCCAUUUUUAUCUGGAGUAAAGAAAUUGAACAAUCAACAACUAACUAGGCUGAUUAUAACGAAGGCAUUUGUUUUCGUGUGUGUGUGUGAUCUUCAUCGACUGAACAACUUCAAAAUAGAUAGUUAAUAGUUCACAAUAUAGUACAAUUGCAUCUCCACCAGGGUUCGUAACUGGACAGCAAUAUAUGUAAAUCUUUACACUCUUAUUUAUUUAGUUGUUGUGAGAUUUUAAGACGGUAACACAACUGAAGGAUGUUCAAGAGACGUCUGACACUUUUAGUUUUCACUGUUAAAAAGCAGCUUUUUCAAUUUGUGAUACUGAAAUUCAGCAUAUUUCUUACUCAUAUUUGCCUUUGUUGGGUUAGUGAGCGUAUCGCUCCUUUUAAGGAUAAGCUGUGAUAUUGUCUAGAACUUACCGCUUACCGUAGACCAAGCUGUUUGCUUAAUUAUAGUGAACUGUCAACAGUUUACACACACAUCUGUUGUCUUGCACUAUAUUUCGAACAUGUUUAACUCUUGGUUUAUGUGCUCACUGUCCCAUAUUUUGAGAGGAGAUCAGGAAGGAAUUGAGUGUAGGUGAAGAAAAUGCCUGACUGUGCCUCUGGUGCAUUGACAAGCUGAUUUUGCUGAUUUUCUGUGACGUUUUUAAGCGUAGUCCUCGAUGACGUCAGUCGCAGUGAAAAGAGUAUGAGUGCAUCUACUGAGUGAGCUGCUUGUUGACUGUUUUUGAAACUAAUUCUGUAAUAAAACUACAAAAUCAACUGUA